CCGCCGCCGCGCCGCCGGGAGGAGGCGGAGGAGGAGGCGGAGGCAGGCGGGGCGGCCGAGGACCCGGCUCUGGCAGAGCUCCGAGGGUCCGGCCGGCUGUAAUUCCCCCCUAAUCCCCUGCACGGCGGCGCUUCCCCGGCCAAGCCAUGGCCGCGGCUCCCCCGCCAUGCCGAGCCUAGCGGGGAGCGGGCGGAGCGGCGCCCGGGAGGCGCACAAAAUGAAGACCCUGAUGCGCCACGGGCUGGCCGUCUGCUUGGCGCUUACCACCAUGUGCACCAGCUUGUUGCUCAUGUACGGCGGCAUCGGAGGCGGCGGUGGGGGCCACCCGGAGCCUCGGCGGCGGCAGCAGCAGCAGCAGCAGGUGGCGGCGGUGCCCAGCCGCCCGCCGGUACGCGGCCAGCACCGGCCGGCGCUCCCCGUCGGAGCCGGACUCCUGGAGGGCUACAUCAGCGUCCUGGAGCACAAGCCUUUAAAAAUGCACUGCAAGAGCUGUGCAUUGGUAACCAGUUCUGGACACCUUCUGGGAAGUAAGCAAGGUGACAGAAUCGACGAGACGGAGUGCGUAAUACGAAUGAAUGAUGCACCUACUCGAGGUUACGGACAGGAUGUUGGGAACAAAACAAGCCUGCGAGUCAUUGCACACUCCAGUAUUCAGAGGAUUUUGCGCAAUCGCAACGAACUCUUAAACAUGAGCCACGGUGCUGUGUUCAUCUUCUGGGGUCCCAGCAGCUACAUGAGGAGAGAUGGUAAAGGCUUGGUGUACAACAACCUGCAGCUGAUGAAUCAGAUACUGCCUCAAUUAAAAGCAUACAUGAUUUCUCGCCACAAGAUGCUUCAAUUUGAUGACCUUUUUAAACGGGAAACUGGGAAAGACAGGAAGAUAUCCAACACUUGGCUUAGCACGGGCUGGUUCACAAUGACUAUCGCAUUAGAGCUGUGUGACAGGAUAAAUGUUUAUGGCAUGGUGCCACCGGAUUUCUGCAGGGAUCCUAAUCAUCUUUCAGUACCUUAUCAUUAUUAUGAACCUUUGGGACCCGAUGAAUGCACAAUGUACAUUUCUCACGAGCGGGGACGAAAGGGCAGCCAUCAUCGUUUCAUCACAGAGAAACGAGUGUUUGAGAACUGGGCGAGGACAUUCAAUAUUCACUUCUUCCAGCCAGACUGGAAACCAGAACCACUUACUGUAAAUCACCCCGAGAUUAAAGCAGCGGUCUGAGGGAUGAAUGCAUAAGACUGCAACCACAAUCACCGACUGUAUCAGCCAUCAGGGUGUUGGACCUUCUGGGACAGCAAGGCAACUGACAGCAAAAGGGUAACAGGAUUUGCAGCUGAUAACUGCAGCAAGUCAGGAAGUUCCGAUGAAGGAGUGCAUCCAGGGUACUUUCUUUUGAACUGUGUGUUAAUCCAGUACGUCGCCUUUUGGGCCAUUAUCUGACUUCCUGUACGUGUGUGUGAUUUGUGAAAAGCAACUCGGUAUCAUUAACGGGAUGGGUAAUUCAUUAUGGUUUUUUAAAGUACAACACCACUGAAUUUUCAUAGUGAAAACUGACAGUAUUUAUUUAAUGGAGGUUUUUAUGCAACCUAGGCCAGUAUUUUUCUAGUUCACAGUUCUGUGGGUGUUGAUCUUUCAUAAUCUUUCAAAUCCAAAAUUAAUAUUGCUGAUGGUUUGAAAGGCCUAGCUUUUUAUUUAUAAAAUUUGUUUGAAAAAUAUGAUUCUAUAUAGCAUGUAAUUAAUAUUUGAUCUGGAAAUGUUUCAUUUCUUUUAAAAAUUUUGGGCUCCAUUCCAGCCUAAAGCCUUUAACAGCAAGAAUGGUCCCAUGUGCAGAUCUAGCUAACUUUACAUUCUGGCAUCUCAUGUUAAUAUGAAAACGGUAGUGGAAAUUCUGUUUGAUAUUAAUGUGAAUUUGCUGCUGUGCUAUCAAACUGCUCUAUUUUAAUCUAGAGGUGGGGGGAAGGAAGGCAGAGUUCAUCCCAAAGAAAUCAGUUUACAGCACCAUGUCCUCAGUGCAGAAGAGUCCAACUACAGCUGAGGGGUUGUGUUUGGUUUUGCUUGUUGUGGUCCUGCAGAGGCUGAAGGAGCAGCCUUCCUGAGGCAACAAUCUGCAGAACAAGCAAGGACAAUUUGUAACAACGGCUUUCAACAACACAACCAAAUUUCUAAAACCAGGAAGCUGUGCUACAGUGUACUGCAGGACCAGCCAAAAAGAUGGUAGUGCCACACCUGUGUAAUCCAUGCCUUCCACUGUUCCAAGACCACCACUGACCUCAGAGAUCCUGGACUGCACCGAAGCUGGGACGCAGAAAGAUUUCCAUGAAAUUGUCUCCCUGAGAGCAGCGAAGUUACACCUGCAGUAUCUGUGUGACGUACGCAAGCCUGGCAAACACAAGGAGUGGACAAUGCUAGUUCUGCAUGUGGAAGCUCACACUGUGUCUUACUGGGUUACACUUGGCUUGUGAAUAAAGAAAAUUUCAUUUAUGCCAUUAUUUCUCCUUUUGCCUCACAAAUACAAAAUCUAUAACUGCUCCUGUUGAUUAUUUUGAAGAAAUUAUUGCAUGAAACACACUGACAAAGGUGUCUCUCAUUGGCCAAAUAGUAAAGCCAGAACAAAGGUACUGAAGCCUCUAAAGCCAAUGAGCUCAAACUCAGAGACAGUACACGGAAUUGGAACCAAACUCAGUAUCAUUUAAACUCAGUUAUGACAUGUUAUGACUUCGUCUUCACAAAGUGUCACAGCAACAGCUGCAGCUGCCCAGCAGAUGCCCUAGUUCUCUAGGGACGAAUUGCAGUAAAGCACCUUGUCAGAGGUAGAACAGUGUUACCCCUGUAAUGCUGUGUAAGAGAACCACGCUCCUUCAUAGAAAGGCUUGGGUUGGAAGGGACCUCAAGGAUCACGAACCUCCAACCCCCUGCCACAUGCAGGGCCACCAACCUCCCUAUUUAACAUUAGACCAGGCUGCCCCAGGGCCCCAUCCAAACUGGCCUUGAACACCUCCAGGGAUGGGGCAUCCACAGCCUCUCUGGGCAGCUGUUCCAGCACCUCACCACUCUCUCUGUUAAAGAGCUUCCCCCGAUACCCAACCUAAAUCUUCCCUCCCUCAACUUAAAACCGUUCCCCUUGUCCUGCCAUUAUCUACCCUUUCAAAGAGUUGACUCCACUCCUGUUUGUAGGCUCCCUUUAGGUAGUAAAAGGCUGCAAUGAGGUCACCCUGUAGCCUUCUCUUCUCCAGGCUGAACAAGCCCAGCUCCCUCAGUCUGUCUUUGUAGGGGAGGUGCUCCAGACCUCUGACCAUCUUUGUGGCUCUUUUCUGGACCCUCUCCAACAGCUCCCUUCCUUGCUGCAGCACUCCCCACUAUCACAAGGUAAGAAAUAAAGUACAACCUAUUUUGCCUUGGAACUUUUAUUUUAGUGCUUUUCCUGGUAUACAUCCUUCACCACACAAAAUUAAUACAAAUCUCUGCUUCUGCCAAUUACUUGUGACCCAUCUCUUGCCAGCUGAUCUCUAACUGUCCCUCAUUCAGUGAUUAUAUUUUAUCCCUUCCACUUCGUUUCACAGAAUUCUACGAAGAACAGAAUGGGUUUUGAACUGAUAGUAAUUUGCACAUCCCUUUCAGCAUGUGUACUGGGGCAUGUAUCCAACAUGUAUUACCUGAAUUGAUGAACUCUGUCAAAUUGAUUUACAGAUCAUUUCUAAUGUGACUGCAAGAGAUGGUGCAGAUCACAGUAGGUACUGUGAUGCCACAACCCUUCUGUUAUUUUAUUAGUGAUACAAUAAAAAGAUCUUUUCAUAUAGUAAGCUUUCAGUUUUCCCAUUAACUGAGAGCUGCAGGACCUACAUUCUAAAUGUUCAGAUUGUGAUGUUUCUGGUAAAAAUAGAUUG